AUGUAUGCAGAUUUGAAGCCUAUUUAUUGGUGGCCGAACAUUAAAGGCGAAGUUGCACAUUGUGUUGAAAGAUGUUUGACUUAUGCACGUGUAAAAGCUGAUCACAAAAAGCCAUAUGGAAUGUUGCAACAGUUGGAGAUUCCGGAAUUGGUUGGUGGAUAUGUUAAGGGCAUGUGUAUUAGAGUAUGGUGGAGCAUGGAUGAUCAUUUGAAAUUGAUUGAAUUUGCUUAUAAUAACAGUUAUCAUGUAAGUAUUGGAAUGUCACCUUUUGAAAUGCUUUAUGGUAACAGAUGUAGGACUCCAAGUUGUUGGUUGGAGCCUGAUGAAAAGCAGUUUAUGGGUCCUGGGAUCAUUGAGAUCACAGCUGAAAAAGUUAACAUUGCUAAGGAAGCACUUCGUCUAGCUAGAGAACGACAUAAAACUUAUGCCGACAAGAAAAGAAGGUCGAUUGAGUUUUAA